AUGGCGGAGCACGGCGCGCACCUGACGGCGGCGGGCGGCGGCGAGGAGGCUCCGUCUAUCUUCGAGGCGGUGGCUCAGGACAGCCUGAUGGCGGCUCUGCGGCCCGCGCUCCGCCACAUGGCCAAGGUUCUUGCUGAAUCCAAUCCUGGCCGUUAUGGCUGCCUCUGGACUUGGUUUGAUGAGCUCUAUGCACUCCUGGACCUACUGCUCCAGCAGCAUUAUCUGUCCAAGUGCAGUGCUUCUUUUUCUGAAAACUUCUAUAGCUUAAAGAGGACAGUGUUGGGACACAGCAAGGGGCCAUGCUGGCUGGCAAGUGCUGGACUUCCAAAGCAGGAACACUGGAAGUCUCUCCUCCUCCUGGUUCUCAUUCCUUACCUGAAAGGGAAGUUGGAGAAACUGGUCUCCAGCUUAAGAGAAGAAGAUGAAUAUUCCAUCCACCCUCCAUCCUCUGCCUGGAAACGCUUUUAUAGGGCCUUUCUAGCAGCCUACCCAUUUGUAAACAUGGCCUGGGAGGGCUGGUUUCUCAUCCAGCAGCUCUGUUAUAUCCUUGGUAAGGCUCAACACCAUUCGCCACUGCUAAGGCUGGCUGGUGUACGCCUGGUAAGACUGACAGUGGAUGAUAUCCAGGCCUUGGAGAAGAAACUGGCUGCAGCUACUGCAAGCCACAGCAUCAAGGAACAAGUGCAUGCAGCAGUGAAGAAAGCAUUGGGAGGUGUUGCCUUCUCUCUGUCCACUGGUCUCUCUGUGGGUGUGUUCUUCCUGCAGUUUCUGGACUGGUGGUACUCAUCUGAAAACCAGGAGACCAUCAAAUCUUUGACUGCACUCCCUACUCCUCCACCCCCCAUACACCUUGACCACGGCACAGGCUCACCCCUCUUACCAAAACUGAAGACAGUGUGUCCACUCUGCCACAAGAUCCGAACCAAUGACACUGUCUUGUCCACAUCGGGCUUUGUGUUCUGUUACCGCUGUAUUUAUAACUACGUAAAGAAUCACCAGAGAUGCCCGAUUACUGGCUAUGCAACAGAGCUGCAGCACCUUGUCAAGCUGUAUUCCCCUGAAAGCUGAAAGGACUGCACUCUGCCUGUACCUGACAUACAACUUGGGUCUUACAUAAUCUAGGCUCUCUUACACCCUGAAUACAAUCUUUGUGUCAACACAGAAGACUGUCACGCAAGGCAGGAAAAUGUAUGGUGCCAGCUUAUGACUAGUAUAACUGGGCACUAUGGCACAUUUGGACUUUAAUGGCAGUAGUAGUUUUUGCUGCCUUGCCCAAAUUUUAACAAGCCUUGGCUUCAUCCAGCCUUGGCUUCAUCCAGUUUGAACACAUUACAACAAGAUUGUCAGGUUCAGCUACAACUAUAUGCUGUAAUUAUGGUUACCAGUGCCUUGAAUACUGAAGUUGUAAAGUUACACUAAAUAACAUGGAAUGCCCAAAUGGAUAACAAAGCGUGCAUUUAGGAAAGAUUAAAGAGACUAUCAAAAUCGGGAAGAGAGAAAAAUCCUGCUUAAAGGCAGUAAUUAGCUACUGAAGGUACUGGGCAGGAGAUAGGGGGAAAAAUCUUAGCCUCUAGAUAAACUGUUUAAUCACUCAUUGCAGGGCUUCUUGAGCCUUUCUUAAACUCAGGGUCUUAACCAGCAAUUUUGGUACCCUGAGCAGACAGCAUCACAGUGUACAUAGGUGCAGGCCUAGAGAUACCUCUCCUCUGCUAAUUCUUCUGCUCUUAAGCUUCCUCAUGUUACCAGGCUACUCAUUUUAGUAUUGGUAAGUGUUCAGAGUGCCUAUCAACCAUUUAUAAAUUUAAGCUUUUUGCCUUUGGAAAUGAGAUUUACAAAGCAACCAAUACAAGCAUGAACUAAGGAGAAGAUUCGCUGUCUGAAUUAGGCUUAUUCAGUAUAGGCAGCAAAGUCCAUUAAAGCAGGAAUGGUGCCUGUUCAGUUUUUAAGAAUCCUUGGAUUUGCUGAAGUUGUCCUCUUAUCUUGUUAGUAACAGUUCUUUCAGUAAAAAAAAAAAAAAAAAAAGCUGCAUCUCUCCUGUUCUUGGCUAUUAGGACUCUUGAAAUCAGGCACUUGGUAUCUGGUAAAUUUCUGUUGUCUAAUAUUUGAUAAACACAUCUAAAUACCAUAUUUGUAUGAAUUAGCUAAGGCCACAGCUACCUUCAUCUUAAGAUGUAUAUAGGCACAGUGGAUGAAGAUCCUGUGCAUAAAACCUUGCAUACUAGAAAUAAGCUGAAGAGAGUGUCUUCAUAUUAAUAAGGCACCAAAGCAUCAAGUUACAACUGGCCAGACCCAAUUUAAACCAGCCACACCUGUAGCAUAACCUCAUUUAGCAAGUUACACCUAUUUCAUCAUAUUGAAGGAUUUGCUACAUGAAGCUAGGGAAUGCAGCGAAGGAGGAUGUUAUACUUUAAAGUUAAUGCCUGCUUCAGAGUUUUGACCAAUUUUAAGGAACAAAUGUCUAAGGACAAUGGUGAUUUUCUAUUGAAAGUGCUCUAGGGGCAGCAGUAAGCUAUCCCAGUUAGUGUGGCAUUAGACUAAAUUGUAGAAACGCCAGUAAACUCCUUGCUGUCAAUAUGUGGUUUUAGAUUAAGACCCAAGCCCCUUGUUACCCUCUAAGUCAAGGGUUGGCAAUCUUUUAGUGCCAGUCUUCUGCUACUGCCCCAACCAUUCAUGCUUCAUUCUCCCCACCCCACCCUCCCCAUCCAACAUAGCCUGUUUACUGGGUGCAGCUGAAAGGUAUGCCAAACAGUAGUGGGGAGCAAUGAUUACAGGAGAAAGGACAAGCAGGCACUGGUGGGAGGUGCGAGAGCAGAAAGGCCAGGGAUGGCAGCAGCAGGGAACUUGGGAAUGCAGCCUCUUUAAAUUAGCCCAGAGCUGCUAUACCCUCCCUCAUGUCUCCAUCUUUCAAUGCAAAAAUACCUUAUUAAAACAUCAGAUUCAACACAAGAUGAUCAACAUUUUAAAAGGCUUUUAAUAGAAGCUUACUACAGUUUCAUAUGUGGCAUUAAUUCAUGUCUCCAUUCUAUCACUUAUUUCAACAGUUUUUUUAUCCUCCCUCUGAAAAAUUUAUACUCAAGGAAACCUGACUGGACAAACCUUUUUUGGAUAGUCCCACUGAUUUCAAUGCAAGUCCUUAUAUACACAAUGACUACAGGCCUGGGUCUAGAGUAUACUGAAGAGUUUGGGGAUGACAUUUUAUUUUUUCCAGGACCUUUUGUUUUCCAAUAGAGCUGGUCUUUCAUUUGUAGCAGAGGUGAAAAUGGCUUCUAUCUACCUGUCAUAGCCCAUGGGACAAAUAUCAAGGACAAUUCAGUCACUGACAUGUACCAUCAUAAUUACGUUAAUUAUGUUUGUCAUUAGCAGUAUGCUUGGUCUUAUGGACUUAGGUUAAUUUUAAAUCAGUGACUCAUUAUAGAGGUGAUCUAAGAUUUAUCUAAUUUAAAGUAAAGAGUGGAAUUAGACUGGCUACUUUAAGUAAAAGUACAUACAUCUUG